CGUUCAGUUACGGCCACGAGGUGAUCGCAGAAAACGUAGAGAUCGGACAGCAGGAGAACAAGGUGGGCUAGGGGCCACACCAUGAAUCAACACCGCAGAGUGCAGUUCGCGACUCACUGACACCAGAACAACUGGGAGUUCACCCUCCCAAAAAGCCGAAACUGCGCGAAUAAGACAAAUUAAAGAAAACUCAGUGAAAAGGACAAACAAAAAUCGUUCGGACUGUUACACUGUGCAUAAAAAUGAAUCGUGAUUUUGUGUUACUGUGAUUAACAAUAAUUGUGUGAUAUGAUGAUGAAUAUUGUGGUUUUCGGUUUUUUAAUUACCCACGUGACUUGUCAGGGGUUCUACAAGGUCGUUGGGCCAAGAGCAGUCCGCCCAAACAGCGAAUACCAUGUAGCUGUUUCUGUCCAGCAAACAUCAGAGCCCACCAGAAUCAAAGCCGUCCUUCAGGGUGUUUCCCCCAAUGGGUCGAUUUACACCAGCGAGGAUCGCGCAGAAGUCCAACCCUACACUUCCAGAAUAUGCAGACUCGAAGUUGGGGAUGUGGAAUACGCAGACUACAAACUUGUGGUGUCGGGGCAAGGAGGAGUUGAGUUUUAUUCUGACUACCCGGUAGAAUUUAUGGACAAAAGUUAUUCCGUGUUUAUACAAACAGACCGUGCUGUUUAUAAACCCGGCAUGAAAAUUUUGUUCAGAGCGGUUGUGUUAAAUGCACACUUAAAACCGGCAGCCGAAGUCCGAAAUGAGCUUCUUCACAUUUUUGUUUCGGAUGGGGAAGGUAACACCGUAAAAGAGUGGAAACGCAUUCAAGCUCUCCGUGGUGUUUUCACCGGAGAAAUCGGGCUAAGCGAAAGUCCAGUUUUGGGCAACUGGAAUAUUUCGGUAACGGUUCAUGGGCAAACCUUCAGCAAAUCUGUGGAAGUUGCGGAGUAUAUAGUACCGAAAUUUAUGGUCAAUAUUCAGGCACCCAAACACAUGACUUUCAAAGAAAAUGUAUUGACUGUGAAUGUACAAACACAAUACAACUAUGGCAAAAAAGUUAAAGGAGAAGCUACAAUUACGGUUUACCCAACAAUCUUCUCCGGCGUUAUUCAACCCAUUUUCCAAAACCCCCUCCGCAAAGUAAUACCCAUCGAAGGUUCAUCCACCGUCCAGUUCGAUAUCGAAAAAGAGCUGAAAUUAAGUGACGAAUACGAAAGAGUUGUAGUGGUGGAUGUCGCCGUGGAAGAAGCUUCAACCGGUCGUCGACAAAACAAUUCCGUCGAAGUCCACUUGCACAAGUACGACUACAAAAUGGACCUCAUUAAAACCGCCGACUACUUCAAACCCGGUCUAAAAUACACAGCCUAUGUCAAAGUAUCCAACCAUGACGGAUCUCCUAUAAGAACCGACCAAAAACAAAUUACUGUUAGACAUGGAUAUUCACGAGCUGAUGAAGUCUACGUAGAGGAAAAGCAUAAGUUAGACAAAAAUGGUAUUGUUAAACUUGAAUACAACACGCCGACAAAUGUUUCAAACACCACCGCUCUUAGAAUUGAGGCUGAAUACGAAGGUUUGAAAGAGAGAAUUUCACCUAUACCGGCAGCUGUUUCUUACAGCAACACUUUCCUUCAAGCAUCUAUUGAAACCGAAAGACCGAUAGUUAAUUUAGAUGUGGAGAUUUUAGUUAAUUGUACUGAACCUCUUAAAUACGUUAGUUACGUUUUGCUGGGGAGAGGUGAUGUUCUCAACGCCAACACGUUCCAAGUUGAUAAUAUGCAUGAAUAUCGGUUCCACUUUACUGCAACUCGAGCUAUGGUACCAGUGGCCCAUCUCAUAGUGUCUUACGUUCGUGAAGACGGAGAAUUAAUUGGUGACUCUCUCGAUAUUGAAGUUGACGGUCUUUUGCAAAAUUUCAUGGAAGUCCAAGUGAAUCCCGUUGAAACUUUACCUUCUCUAGAUAUAGAUAUCACUAUACGAGCGCAGCCAAAUUCUUACGUAGCUUUAAUGGCGGUGGAUCAAAAUGCGGUUCAUUUAAGAUCAGGUUUUGACAUCACCCACAACCAAGUCGCCGACGAAUUAAAGAAAUUUGACGUUGCUGAGCAGUCACCGUACUCUUUAAUCAUGCAGGAUUCAAAAUAUCACUUCUUUUGGAAACCCGGAGCAGCCAAUCCACACAGUGCUAUCUAUAGUUCAGGAGCUGAUCUCCUCACCAACUCACACAUCUAUAGACACAAACCAACACUGGAAGAUAUUUAUUUGCGACCUCUAUUUUACGGUACUAGCACUGUUAAGCCUGACAGAGGCUUCGGUCUUCCUCUUCACACCGUCACCAGACCUCCUCUAGCAGGACCUUAUGCUUUCAGCAGGAUACCAAAGCCGGUUUGGAAUAAACCCAAAGUCUACUUAACUGAAGAAAUCGCCGAUACUUGGCUUUUCACAAAUUUCUCGUCUGGAUUCGAAGGAAAAACGUCUAUUCGACGAAAAGUACCCAGUUCUUUGAACACCUGGGUUGUCACAGGAUUCUCCUUAGAUCCCAUCCAUGGAUUAGGCUUGAGCACAACUCCCAAAAAAGUGAAAGUUUCUAAAAGCUUUGUCGUAACUUUGGAUUUACCAUUUUCUGUACAACGAGGAGAGAUUUUAGCUGUACCUGUUGUGGUUUACAACUACAUCGACAAAGACGUGGUUGCAGAAGUCACCCUUCAUAAUCCGGAACAGAAGUUUGAAUUUGCGGAAGUCUCUAAUAGUGCUAACGCCACCAAAAAAAUUGAGUUGUAUCGAAGGAAAAAAAUCACACUGAAGAAAAACAGUGGUGCUUCAGUUUCCUUUAUGAUAAGACCACACAAACAGGAUUUGAUUGAAAUUAAAGUCACCGCGAAUAGCCCCAAGAACCAAGAUGUAGCCAUUAAGAAUCUUUUGGUCACUACUGAAGGCGAGAUGGAAUAUUACACUAAAACAGUGCUUGUUGACUUACGAAACAAUCAAAACUACAAAGAAACCAUCAAUUUCACGAUUCCUUCUAACGCGGUUAGCGGAUCCGAAAAAAUCGAAGUUUCGGCAGUUGGCGAUCUGCUAGGACCCACCAUGGUCAAUCUAGAAAACCUAAUUCGACUCCCCACUGGGUGUGGUGAACAAAACAUGAUUCACCUCAUGCCAAAUUUGAUUAUUUUGCAAUAUUUGCGAUACACGAGACAGAUCACACCUACAAUCCAGAACGAAGCGCUAGAUCAGCUUGAAAAGGGAUACCAGCAACAACUAAGUUUUAAAAGACCGGAUGGUUCCUUCAGUGCUUUUGGAACACGAGACGCAAAUGGCAGCAUCUGGCUCACCGCAUACGCUGCUUUAACGCUAAAGCAAGCCAAAGGUCACAUUUACGUCGACGAAAAAAUCAUCGAAGGUUGUUUAGAAUGGCUGGCGAAUAUUCAAGGCAGGAACGGUAGUUUUGUGGAGGUCGGGUCGAUCAUUUACCGAGAGUUGCAAGAUCGCAAUGGGAACAGUUUGGCGCUUACUGCGUUUACUCUUUUGGCGUUCAUCGAAAACCAGAAAUAUGCUCAAAAUUACGUCAACACCGUCAACAAAGGCCUCGAUUACAUAGCCCGAAACAUCGACGAACAAGAAUCCAUCUACACCAUAGCCCUCUGCAGCUACGUACUGCAAGUAGCCCGACACCCCUCUAAACAAAGCGCCUUCAAUUUACUAGACGGCCGUUCUAAAACCAGCGAUAACCAAAAAUGGUGGGCUAAGGACGUCCCCAACAACGAAAGUAAAAACCCUUGGACCAAGCUUCCCAGGUCCAUAGACAUAGAAACGUCAGCUUACGGACUGCUGACAUUCCUCGAAGCCAACUACUUCGAAGACGCAAUCCCCGUUCUAAACUGGCUAGUAGACCAACAAAACAGCAUCGGAGGCUUCACGUCAUCGCAAGACACUUCAGUAGGUUUAUACGCAAUUUACAAACUAGUGCUGAAAUUAGCAACCAACGUCAACAUGCAAAUUGAAUUGACAUAUGGCGAAGAACAACGCCACAACUUCAAUGUUAACAAAAAUAACGCCAUGAUUGUUCAAAAGCUAGAAUUGCCUAGAGCCUCGCGGGAAGUUAAUGUGACGGCACAAGGACGUGGUUUAGCACUUUUCAGAGUUUCAUAUCAGUAUAACAUGAACGUCACUGGACCUUGGCCUAUGUUUACUUUGGACCCGCAAGUCGACAAAAAUUCUAACAAGGAUCAUUUACAAAUUUCUAUAUGUACAGGCUUCGUCAGUCGUAAUUUAAGUGUAAGCCCGGAAAGCAAUAUGGCCGUCAUGGAAGUGAAUUUACCCUCCGGAUUCACCGCAGAUGUCGACUCUUUACCGAGUUUAGAAGUCUCACAAAACGUCCAAAAAGUCGAAACGAAAAAUUCUUUAACCAAAAUUGUUCUCUACUUUAAUAACAUCACUAGUUUGUACGAGUAUUGUCCGACAAUUUCAGCUUUCAGGACGCAUAAAGUGGCUAAGCAAAAACCUGUUGCUGUUGUAAUUUAUGACUACUAUGAUAGCUCUAAACGAGCAAGACUGUUUUACAAAGGACGAACAUCUACAUUAUGCGAUAUAUGUGAGGACGAGGAUUGUGGUGACGUCUGUAGAGCAGAGGCGAAUCCUCAAGUUGCUGCUGGUUUAAAUGGAGACAGUAAAAGCAGUUCAUCGUGUUUACCAUUUAGUUGGGCAACUUUCAUAAUUGCCAUUUUCGCCAUUCAUUAUUAUUAAGUAAAUAAUUGUGUAUAAAAAUUUGUGAUCUUCAUCUUGUGGUGGGAUUAACGGGGUUAUAAUGGAACUUAUUAACUAAAGAUUAGUAUUUAAAAAAAUGAGUUUUGACAUCUUUUUGUUGAUAAGUUCCACAUUUGCAAGUGCACAGAGUGAGUCGAAAAUGUUUAACUUUCAGAUUUUAGUAGAUCCAGAUUCAUUUUAAAAGAGACAGAGAAUUUAAUGCUUUACUAUAAAGUGACUCACUGUGUAUACUUUAAAACACAUGUACAAAAUAUGUAAAAUUUAAUCAACACAGUAAAUUAAAUGUAGGAACAUCACAAUGUAAAAGUUGACGGUUUUUUUCGUAUAAUUUAUUAUAAAGAAACCAUUUAUCAAACAUGUAGUCUUAUCAUUAGAAAACAAAUUUUGGCUGCUCACCUAUAGACUAUUAGACUAGUUUGUUAGUUGUGAAGUAAUAAAGAUAAUUACUUAGGAGUGCUAAUAAUUCGUUAAUCAUCAUUAUUGCUUAUUUUGUACAUUUGUUUAAACAUAUGUAACAAACGGCGAUAACAAUUACGUGUCGUUACAAAUAAAUACG